AAUACGCGCGCGACCCGAAGAGGAGACUCCUGGAUAGAGCGCAUGCGUAGAAAACUACUGCUGCUGACAGGGACCUUUCAGUAACGGGCCCCCGCGGCUCCCAUGUAAGUGAGCUAUAUGUGUAACGGUGGAGACGGUCGUGUCUUCCUUCUGCCGGCAACGGCAUGAACCGGUCAGGAUACCAGUCGCCGCUCAGUCCGGAAACCAAUGGCGAAAGUGAGUGGGAGCCUGGCGGGUACUACGGAGAGGAAGAAGAGGAGGACGGGGAGUCGGAGGACAUAGACUGUGCUUGGAGCGGAGAGGAGCAGCUUCGGCCUCGCCAUCAUCACCACGGCUCUCACCAGCCCCCUCCUCACGUUUGCCGGCACUGUAAAUCCAUGUCCCCGCCAGGCAAGAAGCGCCUGGAACUGGAGCUGCACCUCAACAACUUCGCUCCAGAACCAGGCUUGGCCGGCGGCUCCCCUUCUGAAGGCGAGGAUGGGGAGUUGCCGGAAAGCAAUGCGUCUGUGCGACUGCCCGAAAGGAAACGGACAAGGUCCAGUAGUUCAAGGCCCCGCGUUGAGGUGGUGACUGAGCUGAGCCCGGAGGAGGUGCGCUGGUUCUACAAGGAGGACAAGAAGACAUGGAAACCCUUCAUUGGUUACGACUCCCUGCGCAUCGAGUUGGCCUAUCGCAAGUUAUGGGAACUCACUACGGCCGCAGCGGAGGACCAAAGUGGAGAGGACGAAGAACUGGACGUAGUGACUAUUGGCGACUUUGUGAAGGUCGAGCCCGUGUGCGUCAGGAGCGGCCUCUAUGAAGUAGAUGUGAACGAGGGAGAGUGUUACCCUGUCUACUGGAACCAAACAGAUAAAAUUCCUGUGAUGCGUGGUCAGUGGUUCAUCGAUGGCACAUGGCAACCCCUAGAUGAAGAAGAAAGCAAUUUGAUUGAACAAGAUCACCUUACUUGUUUUAGGGGUCAACAGAUGCAGGACAACUUGGAUACGGAAAUUACCAAACCCAUAGACGACAAGGAUGUUAUCUCCCACCUUCCUCCCUUCUCCCUCCCUUUUCUGUUCAAAUGGAGUGGAUAUAAGGAGAUCACUAAGGCCCCAUGUGCUAAGAGAAAGCGUUGUGAAGCUACUCAUAGUCUAAAGUUGAGUCGUAGCCAUGUUGAUUGGCAUUGCCUGGAUGAAGUAUAUCUUUAUAGUGAUGCAACAACUUCCAAAAUAGCAAGGACUGUUACACAGAAGCUUGGGUUUUCAAAAGCUUCAAGUAGUGGAACACGGCUUCAUAGAGGUUAUGUUGAAGAAGCUAGCUAUGAAGAUAAACCUGUGGAUAUUACUCAUAUUGUCUUUGUUGUCCAUGGAAUUGGACAGAAAAUGGACCAAGGAAGAAUUAUUAAAAAUACGGCUACGAUGAGAGACACGGCAAGGAGAAUUGAAGAAAAGCACUUUUCCAACCUUGUAACAGAUCAUGUAGAAUUCCUUCCUGUUGAGUGGCGGUCCAAACUUACACUUGAUGGAGAUACUGUAGAUUCGAUUACACCAGAUAAAGUACGUGGCAUAAGGGACAUGUUGAACAGCAGUGCAAUGGAUAUAAUGUACUAUACAAGUCCUCUGUACAGAGAUGAGUUAGUGAAAGGUCUUCAGCAGGAGCUAAAUCGUCUCUACACCCUGUUUUGCUCCCGAAAUCCUGAAUUUGAAGAGAAAGGAGGAAAAGUCUCAAUUGUUUCCCAUUCUUUGGGAUGUGUUAUAACUUAUGAUAUCAUGACUGGGUGGAAUCCUGGACAACUUUAUGAACAACAGGAAGAUGAUGAUACUGAUAUUCAAGGGAUUAACUAUGAAGAGCAACAUCUCCUUAGAGAGCUUUACUUGACCAAACAACGUUUAAGAGAACUGGAAGUUAGAUUACAUGAAGUUCAAGCAACAUCUUUGGCUAAUGCACCUGCCUUAAAAUUUAAGGUUGAGAAUUUUUUUUGUAUGGGAUCUCCAUUAGCAGUGUUUUUGGCUUUGCGUGGUAUCCGUCCAGGAAACCGUGGAACUCAAGAUCACAUUUUGCCUAAAGCUAUUUGUAAUCGUUUGUUCAAUAUUUUCCACCCUGCAGAUCCAGUGGCCUAUAGACUUGAACCCUUAAUACUAAAGCACUACAACAACGUUUCACCUGUUCAGAUCCACUUUUCUAACACAACAAAUCCUUUACCUUACAAGCAUAUAAAACCAUGUUUUAUCAAUCCAUCUAAGGACACUACCUCAAUGUCUGAUACUGAAAGCAUACCGAGCCCAAGUACUUCACCAGUCCUGCCUCGUCGACAUUAUGGGGAAUCCAUAACAAAUAUUGGCAAAGCAAGUAUAUUAGGUGCUGCUAGCAUUGGAAAGGGGCUGGGAGGAAUGCUUUUUUCAAGAUUUGCACGUUCUAGUGCAACUGGUACUCCAGGCUAUGAUGCUAAAGAUUCAGCAGAAGGGGAAGAGAAGAAAUCUGUUUUAAGCCAGAAUUCUACUGGCUCCCAAGCUCUUCCUCACAGCAUGUCUGGCUUACUGGACUCCACAUUGGAGUUAGAACAUCGGAUCGAUUUUGAGCUCAAAGAGGGUCUGGUAGAAAGUAGGUACUGGUCAGCCAUGACUUCCCACACUGCCUACUGGUCAUCCAUGGAUGUGGCACUUUUCCUUCUGACAUUUUUAUAUAAAGAAGGCCAAGUAGAAGAUGAAGAGAAGCAAGGCGUUGAUGCACUUUAGCCACUACAGUUUUAGCAAAUGCAGACUGUUCAAGGCAUGAGGUUUUGGCUUAAGGAGCAUGUCUGAAUAGUUUGUAACUGCAGGACAGCACUAAUUAUUAAACUAACUUUUCAAUUC